UGACAACACUGCAAUCAAAUUGUGGCGGAUGGCGGAUAGUAUUGUUUGGAUUGUGCAAGGAUUUUGUUAUGAGAAUUAUAAAAUAGUUUAGUUUAAAGGGUUUAUUUUGUGGUAAAAAAUCAUGGCAUACCACUACAUUGUUACGGCCCAAAAGCCUACGGCCGUUACAUCAUGUAUUACAGGCAAUUUCACAUCGCCAACGGAUCUUAAUUUGUUGGUGGCGAAGGUGAACCGCUUGGAGAUGUACUUAGUGACACCAGAGGGCCUGCGGCCCAUGAAAGAGGUCGGACUAUACGGAAGGGUCGCUAAGAUGAAGCUUUUCAGGCCUCCACAUGAAACAAAAGAUUUAGUAUUCAUACUCACAGUACGCUACAAUGCAAUGAUACUAGAAUGGAGGACUGGCACUAACGGGGAGCUUGAAGUGGUCACCCGAGCCCACGGCAAUGUCUCCGACAGUAUUGGCAAACCUUCGGAGAACGGUAUACUGGCUGUUAUAGACCCACAAGCAAGGGUUAUCGGGUUACGGUUGUAUGAUGGACUGUUUAAAAUUAUACCACUUGAUAAAGAUUCUAUGGAAUUGAAAGCGGCUAGUUUGAGACUGGAGGAACUCAAUGUGUAUGAUGCGGAGUUUCUACAUGGCUGUGCCAAUCCUACACUAAUUUUAAUACACCAAGAUCUCAAUGGGAGGCAUAUUAAGACUCAUGAAAUAAAUUUAAGAGACAAAGAAUUUGGAAAGGUACCCUGGAGACAGGAUAAUGUUGAAACCGAGGCGUCCAUUCUGAUACCAGUGCCUAGUCCACUUGGUGGGGCUAUCGUCAUUGGCACAGAGUCUAUAGUAUACCACGAUGGACAAAAUUACGUAGCUGUUGCACCACCGCAAAUCAAGUUAACACCAAUAAACUGCUACUGCCGCGUGGACACGGCCGGUCUGCGGUAUCUACUGGGCGACAUUGCAGGCCGUUUGUUCAUGCUGCUGUUAGAACUGCAAGAGAAGAUUGAUGGCACUCAAGCGGUCAAGGAUCUUAAAGUGGAGUUACUUGGCGAAAUUCCGAUCCCCGAAUGCAUGACAUACCUCGACAACGGCGUCGUGUUCAUCGGGUCCCGUUUCGGCGACUCGGCGCUGGUCCGCCUGUCGGCCGCGCGAGACGAGGCGGCGCAGUACGUGCAGACCAUGGAGUCCUUCACCAGCCUGGCGCCCAUCGUGGACAUGUGCGUGGUGGACCUGGAGAGGCAGGGCCAGAACCAGCUCAUCACGUGCUCGGGUGCAUUCAAAAUGGGCUCGCUGCGCAUCAUCAGAAACGGCAUCGGCAUCCAGGAGCAGGCCUCCAUAGACCUGCCGGGCAUUAAGGGCAUGUGGGCGCUGACUCUAGCCCAGGAUUCUACCUACCAUGACACGUUGGUGCUAGCAUUUGUAGGACAGACUAGGGUAUUGACACUGAAUGGCGAAGAAGUGGAGGAAACAGAAAUCAAAGGUUUUGUCUCAGACAGACAGACAUUCUACACGGGAAAUGUAUGCCACAACCAACUCAUACAGGUUACGGAUGAAGGCAUAUCCCUGAUCGCACACAAAGAGUCGGGCUGGACGCUAGCAGCGCAGUGGGCUGUCGGCGGGUCUCGAGGUGUCUCCGUAGUGGCGUGUAGCGAGACGCGCUGCGUGUGCGCGGCCGGACCGCGCAUCUACCUCGUCGCGCUCGGAGACGCUUCGCUUACAACACUAGCGGAGGUGUGCAUGGACGAAGAAGUGGCCUGCUUGGACCUAGGCCCCGGCGGCGACACGGCGUUACUUGGCGUCGGGCUGUGGACGGAUAUAUCCGUCAGAGUACUGCGGCUGCCGGAUCUCAGGCCUCUACACACUGAGAAACUAUCUGGAGAAAUAAUUCCGCGUUCGCUGCUUAUCUGCACUCUGGAAGGCGUGUGUUAUUUACUCUGCGCUUUGGGAGACGGCUCCAUGUUCUACUUCACCGUGGACCCGGAGACUGGCGUGCUGACUAACCGGAAACGCGUCACACUCGGCACGCAACCGACUGUACUUAGAAGUUUCCGAUCACUAUCCACAACCAACAUAUUCGCGUGCUCCGACCGGCCCACCGUCAUCUUCUCUUCGAAUCACAAGCUCGUCUUCUCGAACGUGAACCUCAAAGAGGUCACUCACAUGUGCUCGUUGAACGCGGCUGCUUAUCCUGACAGUUUGGCGCUAGCCACAGACAGCACGGUAACCAUCGGCACAAUAGACGAAAUACAAAAACUUCAUAUCAGGACAGUACCCCUCGGUGAGACGCCACGACGCAUCGCUUAUCAAGAAGCAUCACAGACGUUCGGCGUGAUCACGAUGCGCGUGGACAAGCUGGAGUGGGGCGCGGCGGGCGGCGCCGCCACGGCCGUGCGCGCGUCGGCGUCCACGGGCGCCGCCGCCACGUCGGGCGCCGCCGCGCAGGCGCCCAAGCACGCGCCGCAGGCCGCCGACCUCGAGAUACACAACCUGCUCAUCAUCGACCAGCACACAUUCGAGGUAUUACACGCGCACCAACUGAUGUCGAACGAAUACGCAAUGUCUCUAGUGUCGUGCAAGCUUGGUGAGGACAACAACCACUAUUACGCCGUCGGGACGGCCACUUUAAAUCCCGAAGAGUCGGAACCGAAACAGGGAAGAAUAUUGCUAUUCCACUGGUUGGAAGGUAAACUAGUUCAAGUCGCUGAGAAAGACAUUAAAGGCGGAUGUUAUUCUCUUGUUGAAUUUAAUGGGAAAUUGCUAGCUUCAAUAAACAGUACGGUUCGUCUAUUCGAAUGGACUUCAGACAAAGAAUUAAGAUUGGAAUGCAGUCACUUUAACAACAUAGUAGCGUUAUAUCUCAAAGUAAAAGGUGAUUUUAUACUCGUCGGCGAUCUCAUGCGGUCCAUGACGCUACUUCAGUAUAAACAGAUGGAGGGUAGUUUCGAGGAGAUAGCGCGCGACUACAGUCCCAACUGGAUGACGGCCGUGGAAAUAUUAGACGACGACACGUUCCUCGGCGCCGAGAACAGCUUCAAUCUAUUCGUUUGCCAAAAAGACAGUGCGGCCACAACAGACGAGGAGCGUCAACACAUGGGCUACACGGGCCAGUUCCACGUGGGCGACAUGGUGAACGUGAUGCGCUGCGGCUCGCUCGUCGCCACGCACGCCGACACCGCGGCGCCCGUCACCUCGCCCGUGCUGCUCGCCACCGUCACCGGCGCCAUAGGCCUAGUAGUCCAACUGACGCAAGAGCUGUACGAGUUCCUGCAGCAGCUGCAGGAACGGCUCACGCACACGAUCAAGUCGGUGGGCAAGGUGCCGCACUCGUUCUGGCGCUCGUUCAACACGGACAUCAAGACCGAGCCCGCGGAGGGCUUCAUAGACGGCGACCUCAUCGAGAGCUUCCUCGACCUCAGCCGGGACAAGCAGAAGGAGACCGUCAAGGGGCUGCAGAUCGACGAUGGCGGCGGCAUGAUGCGCGACGCGACGGUGGACGACCUGGUGAAGAUCGUGGAAGACCUCACGAGGAUACACUAGGCCAUUAGGAUAUAACUAAGAUUAAACAUUAUAUGAAAAAUUUGCCUACCAACAUAAAAUGUUUCACAACCCUA